UAUCCUGUAUUAAGAGACACUAAAUACAGAAUCUCUGAAUGUAUUCAAUUAACAUCAAGUCCCAGGGACCAUGGCGCAGAAUCUGUACUGUCCACGAGUGCGGAUGGGAAACUGGAACGAGGACAUCUACUUGGAGGAGGAAUACAUGAAAGACUUUUUAGACAAGAGAGAGAAGGGGGAACUUCUCAUUCAGAGAAACAGAAGACUGAAAAAGAAUCUUUUGAGACCGAUGCAGCUUUCCAUAUCUGAAGAUGGAUAUAUUCAUUAUGGAGACAAAGUGAUGCUUUUAAAUCCCAACUAUCCUGAGAAGGAAGAAGCUGGUUUGUUUCAGUGUGGGGACCUGAGCCUUUGCAUGACUCCAGAUGAAAUUUCAACUCACUUGUAUGAUGAAUUAGAGGUGCCCUGUGGCCUAAGUGCAACUACAACCAGGAUCCCAGUUGGCAGAAACACUUUUACCAUUUUGAGUGCAGGUAAAGAUGCCACUGGUCAAGUCCUUAGAUAUGGACAGGACUUUUACCUUGGAAUAACAGGAGGAUUUGAAAACAAAAUGUUAUAUUUAUCCAGUGACCACAGGACCCUUCUGAAGUCAUCUAAGAAAUCUUGGCUCCAGGAGGUAUACCUGACAGAUGAGGUCUCCCACCUGAACUGCUGGCAGGCUUCUUUCCUCGAUCCGCAGCUGCGCCUGGAGUUUGAAGGCUUCCCCAUCCAGGCAAAUGAAAAAAUUGUCAUCUAUCACCAUUACACGAAUCGGGCACUGGCAGUCCACCGCAAUCUUUUCUUAAGGACCUAUUUUGGAAAAGAAGUUGAAGUUGCAGCUCACACACAUCUGGAUUCACACAAAGUUGAAAAACCAAAGAACCAUUGGAUUUUGGUCACUGGGAAUCCCAGGAAUGACUUUUCCACCAUGCUGGACCUGCCCAAACCACCAGCAAAGGACACCCAAGCCAUGGAGCAGGCCAUGGGCCUUGAUACCCAGUGACAUAUCAGGCAUACACCUGCUCUCUUGGACCCUGUGCUUAUCCAGUGUAGCUUUAAGGCAAUCUUUGUCAUGCCUCAAACUGAUUUUAGAAACAGAACUCUCUGAAUACUAUAUUAAAAUAAAGACUAUGUUAGGAUUAUUGAAUUAGUGGUAAGGGUCUAGGACAUUUAAAAACUAGCUCUGAAAAAUGAGUGGCAUUUGGAUAUGACAAGUGCUAGUCCUUUGUUGAUAACCAAAUUCUGAAAAACCCAGCAUCCCUGA